CUUAUGUUUUGCAGCAAUUAUAGUAAGCAAGUAAGGUAGUUGAUUAUAAAUUUAACCAGAUAUGUGUUGCAUUAGUAUGGGCUGUUAACACGUUAGCUGCGUUUCAACGUUGUUUAAAAUGGCAAACGAAACUGGAAAUGUACCAGAUGAAGACAAACAUGAAAAACUACUUCGGAUUCUUAAAAGUCAGGUUAAAGCCAUCAUGGAGGAAGCUGUGACGAAGAAGUUUGUUCACGAAGAAAGUCCGCAUGUUCUAAGAUUGUGUGGAACUGUGGAAACUUGUUUUCUUGAUGGACUAAGGAAACGAACGGCUGGAUUUCUACGAUCCAACAAAAUCGCUUCCUUGUUCACAAAAGUUGGAAAGGGAGUUCCACAAGUUGCAGAACUUGUGACUAAGAUUGAAGAAAUUGAAACCAAUAUGAACAAACCCCCGUCACAAGAUGUCUCACUUUCACAAAACAACAACGCACAUAACAAGAAACAUCUUUGGAUACGAAUUGCCCUCAUUUCAAAAAUCCUUGAUAAAAUAGCAGAACAUUUGGUUGACCACAGCGCCAAAUAUUACGAGUCUUCAUCUAUAAUGGCCAACCCUUUGAGUGGAAGAUUGAUUUCCGCAAUACUUGUUGGUCCUUGUGCAUUGGACUUCACCAAGAUGAAAACUCAUGAUCAUUAUUGGUCAGAUCCACCAGCUGGUGAACUUAUUCAACGACAUAAACUUCAUAGCAGACACGCCUCCCCGAGUUCCCCAGGACGACGCCCAGCUCUCCACUUCACUCCAGUGCGUCACCAGUCAUCUUCCGAUUCCAUGGAGAAGGGAACCUCGUUCAGGGAUUACGUGGAGUCUUUGCAUCAGAACUCCAAGAUGACGCUUUUGUACGGGAAGAAUAAUGUCAUGGUUCAGCCUCAAGAAGACAUUGGUUUGAUACCUGGUUAUUUAUCUUUGCAUCAAGAAGCCAGUUGUAUGUUGGUUAAAUGGACUCCUAACCAACUCAUGAAUGUGAAUCAUGAUGUGAAAUCACGUGAAUCAUCUCAUGAGGCAUCACAAGAAGUACCUGAUACAAGACAUCGUAUGUACAAAAGUGCAAAUUCAUAUUGGGAGUUUGCGAUAUCUGUUGAUGUUCGGGACAUCGUGUAUCUACAUUGCCAUCAACAAUUAGACAAGAGUGGAACGUUGGUAUUAGUUGGUCAAGAUGGCGUACAAUGGCCUCCCAUACGUUUCCCCCCCGGUGGUCACUUAUUAUCAUUCCUAUCGUGUCUUGAAACCGGACUUCUUCCUCACGGACAUCUUGAUCCUCCGCUCUGGUCUGAAAAAGGGAAGGGCAAAGUAUUUCCUCGAUUGCGACGAAAAUCUUCAAGAAAAUCGACUUCGAGCACUGAGUCUGACGAACCAACAGAUUUUGUAUUUCGCGUUAGCACUUCAUCGGAUAGCAGUUAUAUAUCAUCUCAUCAUACACCACAUGAAGCAACAUUUGAUCUCAUGAAAUCAAUAUUCACGUUACCCCAACUAUGGAAGACCCCACGUACCAAAUCUACCUCAACCAUCCAAAGCAAUAAACGAAACUCAAGUUACGAGAUCUCACGUUCUGUAGUGAUACGACCUGCUAUGUUGGAAAGUGACUACUUUUACAUACAACCUCAGAAAAAAAACUCCCCAAGAAUAAUUUCGUCGGCAAAAAGAUGUUCGCUUCCAAAAUCGCACAAAAUAUCCGAACCAUACGCAGGUACAUGGGAUUCUUCAGAUGGAUAUGUUCCUCACCUUGAUAUGUAUGUGUAUGACAACCAACAACCAAGACAUUAUAAUGUUACAAGCUCAAGGAAUGGAACGCCAUCAACCGAUAUACAGUCCUCACUUAAGGUCUUAUGUGACACAAUGAGACGACAAAUUAUUUCCCGAGCUUUUUACGGAUGGUUAGCUCACUGUCGCCACCUAAUGACAGUUCGUACCCACUUGUCGGAGAUGGUUCAUAACCAAGUGAUCUCACCCACCUUACCAACUGACGCCACGCGAGGUGUCAAUCAAACUACCUGGAAGGAAAUAUUCAUCUAUGGGAAGUUAACAAGCAUGACUGAGUUGAUGCGACACACGUACUUCGGAGGUGUUGAUCACGAUCUUCGUCCAAUAGUUUGGUUGUUCCUCCUGGAACAUUAUCCUCCGGACACAGAUGAGGAAGAUCGGGAGGAAAUUGAUCGGCAGAUGGAGGAACAAUAUCAAGUUAUUAUGAAACAAUGGACUUUUGUGGAAGACAUAAUAAACCAGCGUCAAUUAAAAUCAUCGGAACGAGCGUCUUCAUGUUCGACGUCGAGCAGCGAAUCGCCACCCGUGGUUCAACCAAUUCUUCGACAACAAUCGUCGAAUCUUAGCGAUGUUUUCACCAACGAUGAUCAACAAACUAUCAACAAGAAGAAUAUUGAGAAAUACAAAGUGAUUGACGAGACGAAGAUUAGUGAGGGGAAGUCGGUUUCGUUCGAAGAUGAACAUAUUGAGUCCAGCACAUCAAGUCACAUUCCAUAUUCAUCUAUCAGUUCAACAAGGACUGACCAACAUUCGUCUGUUUCAAUGAAAAGUAUUAGCACCGAUGAAACUGUGCAAGGGGGUGGGGGAGAUGUAGAAUUGGAAGGUUCUCCAGAAACAACAAACACAACAGCUGAUGAUGAAACUACUGAUAAAGAAGUUGAUUAUACUGUCGAGUUACUGGACACGUUUGCGUUAAACUUACAUCGGAUCGACAAAGACGUUCAACGUUGUGAUCGCAACCAUCCUUAUUUCAUGCACGAGGAUAACUUGGUUAAACUACGGAAUAUAAUGUCGUGUUAUGUUUGGAAGAACCUGGAAGUUGGAUAUAUGCAGGGCAUGUGUGACUUGGCAGCACCGCUUCUUGUAGUGCUUGAUAACGAAAGUUUGGUUUACGAUUGUUUCGUUUCUCUCAUGAAACGAAUGGGAAGCAAUUUUCCAAACGGUGGCGCUAUGGAUUCACAUUUCGCUAAUAUGAGGUCAUUAAUACAGAUACUCGAUGGUGAAUUAUUUGAACACAUGCAUAAGAAUGGAGAUUACACACAUUUCUAUUUCUGCUACAGAUGGUUUCUACUGGAUUUUAAAAGAGAGUUAUCAUAUGAUGGGGACGUGUUCAGUGUUUGGGAGCGAAUAUGGUCGGCUAACUACUGUUCAUCGAAUAACUUUGUUUUGUUCUUUGCGCUUGCAAUGCUACAAACAUACAGAGAUAUUAUCCUGGAAAAUGAUAUGGAUUUCACGGAUAUUAUUAAAUUUUUUAAUGAGAUGGCUGAAUGUCAUGAUGCAGAAAAACUCAUUCAACUCGCUCAAGAACUAGUUGCUGAAGUUCAAAUAAUGAUACACAAAUAAUACCUAACUGUUCCAAUAUGUUGUACUGUGGUACUAAAAAAAUUAACCUUUUUUUUGUAAUUUUUUUAUUGUGAUUUGUAAAUUUGCCACACAAGAUUACGUUUUGCACAGAUUUUGAACCGAAUAUUUUAUUUGCAGUAAUUUUGUUUAAAAAUCGAAUUUUUAAAAUUUCAAUUAAAAUUUUUUGAUUUUUUGAAUUUAGAUUUUAUUUUGUCACCUUGCAUAGUGCAAUACCAUACGUGAAGGGAAUUUGUUUUUAUUUAUUUAUAUUGUAACUGCUGUGAAAUAUGUUGUGCUGUUGUUUUUGUGGCAGAAUAAAAUCGUGUUGCAGUCAUCAUGAGGAAACAGGUGCAAUAACGACGCUGCAUCGAUUUUUAUUUUAAUUGGAACAAAAUCUACCCGCCGAGAAUUUAUUUUCUUACUCAGUCGAAAAACCCAAGAUGAACUUCAUGUACGUUGAAUCUUCGCGGACAAUAUGGUCUUGUUUUGUGGUUAUAAUGCUGUCAGUUAUGUCGUUAGUCGGGAACUCAUUCGUGGUCGGGAUUAUCUACCGUAGUCGACGAAUGUUCCGAUUAGUAAACUUCUGCUUGUGUUUUCUUGCUAUCAAUAACUUGGUCGGUAGCGCAACUUCGUUGGUUAGUUCUAUCAUCGUAUCUAUAUGUGGAUUUCUACGCCCCAUUAUCACUACUGCUGGUGACGUCAUCACUACGUCAUCUGACGUCACUAGUACGCCACCGUGCCGUGACGAAACCGUGGAAAAAUCUUCGACCGAAUGUUUUGAUGUUGUAGCAAAUGUGAGGUUGUUAUUACUUAUGGCAAGCAGUGGUAGUCAGUUUUGGAUUCUAGUUUGUCUGGUCGUUCGAUCCAACGCCGUAAUGGUCACUAGUUUAAAGAACAACAAAAAGGCAGUGGUUUUAUGUAUAACAGUUCUGCUCCUGCCGUAUUUGCUUUCAGUUGGACUUUACUUUGUGUCUCACUCAGCUGUUUCGUAUCUUUUCAUCGUGUUUUGGGUCGUUCCUACCGUAUGCUUCAUAUUCAUGUCGUUCAGAAGGAAGACACACAAGCCGAAUAAGUUCGUCAACCAAUCCCCGGCCUCUCGCAAUUCGAUAUUACGCAGAGUUCGAAUGUCGUCCCAAUUUUUCUUUACCCCCCGAUACCGGUUUCGAACCUGGACCUCUGAGGCUUUCUACGUUGUGUCUAUCGCUGUGGUUUGUCAGACAAUCUUCUGGUCGCCGUUCUAUCUUUCUCUUGCUGCUUCUAUAUUCAAGUCGAUGAGUAAUUCACCCACAGACGAAUCAGUGUUAUGCAUAACAACAUCCUCGUUACUGAGCGCUGUAUUUUUACCGAUUUUUUUCUACGGAACAAGCUCAAAUUUCAGAGAAGGCUGCUCUAAGCUGACGUCAAAGUUACGACGCAGAGAGAUUCCAGGCUCGGCAGAACAAUC